CGCCAAAAUGGAGUACGAUCCCAAGACGCCAAAGUCGGCGACCAGCGAACCUCAUUCCUUCGCCAGCGACUCCGUCCGCAUGCGAUGGCCCGUCAUCAUCACUGGCGCCGUAGAUGAUGUAUACAAGGCCAUUUCCAGCACAGACGACGCCGAGAAGCAGGCCGAGGGCAAGAAGAUUAUCGAGCAGCUGGGCAACCUCAAGUACGAGAUGCUGCACGAUCGCAAGCUGACGCCGCUACCUGAUGAUGGCUUCUCAGAAGAGGUUGCGGCCUACAACAAGGAGCUGGAGCAGCUGGGCAAUCCCUCCUGGUUCCAGGUCCCUUGGCUCUUUGCCGAGUGCUACAUGUACCGCCGCAUCAACUCCUUCUUCACCACGACAAAGCACUGGAAGAGCUACGACAUCUUUGCCCGCCAAAAGACCGACACCUUCCGGACCUCUCGAAAUGCCGUCGUCGAGCUCGCCGCCAGAUACGUCGACAUCAUCUCCAAACUCCGCACUGACAAGAACGCCGCCCACGAUGUCGAGGCCGAGAAGAUCCUUUUCACCGAAAUGUGCGAGGUCUGCCUCUGGGGCAACGCCACCGAUCUGUCACUCCUUACCAACAUGACCUACGACGACAUCCAGAAGCUGCAGGGCAGCGAGGCCAGAAAAGCCGCCGAGGAAAACAUACUCGUCAACGACCUCCCCAAGACCUAUGACCUGCUCAAGAAGGCCCAGUCAGAGGGCAAGAAGGAGCGCCGCGUGGACUUUGUCCUCGACAAUGCCGGUUUCGAGCUCUACGUCGAUCUGGUGCUGGCUGGCUUCCUCCUCAACACUGGCCUUGCUACCCACGUUGUGCUACGUCCCAAGUCCAUCCCCUGGUUCGUCUCUGAUGUUCUUCCGGCCGACUUUGCUGCCCUGCUCAGCGCCCUCGCCAGCCCAAAGAAGUUCUUUGAAACCCCGACGGAGGAAGAAAAGGUCGCGGAUAGGACGCCGCCUCCUCUAUCAGACAAGGAGGUCGAGAACCUGCUUUUCGUCUUCCAGGACUGGGCGAACCUGCACGCCGAGGGCCAGCUGACUAUCCGACCCAACAGAUACUGGACCGCGGCUGGCUCAUUUUGGCGACUCCCUAAGGAGGCCCCUGAGCUGUACGAGGAUCUGAAGCAAGCUGAGCUUGUCAUCUUCAAGGGUGACUUGAAUUACCGGAAACUGACCGCCGAUGCUUGGUGGGACCCGACUACCCCUUUCCAAGAAGCUCUGGGCCCCAUGGGUGCCGGCUCCGGUGUCAACGUCCUGGCGCUCCGGACUUGCAAAGCCGAUGUCGUUGUCGGCCUUCCUCCUGGGAAAGACGAGGAGUUGAGGGCUCUCGAGGGCGGCGGCGGCGAUACAGGUGCCAGGAAGUGGGCGUGGGGUGGCAAGUGGGCGGUUGUGUGUUUGUCCGAGGGCAAAUGAAU